UAUUUUGUACUCCUUCUCAUCACCUGUUCACCUUUGCUCUUAUCUUGGCAUCUUGAGCUUUCCUUCACCCACCCCUUUUGCCACCCAAGUUCGUCGCAGUUGAAAUUCUUCUGAGCUGAAGCUCGACCUGGAAUAUUCACCUUGUUUUGAUCGCUCUCUACCUUCCACGUGGUUCGGUCAGUCCCCGGUGCCUUCCAAUUUCCGGACGGAGCCAAAAUGACUAUAGCUUCGUCUCCUACUGCACCUUCUCAACAACCCUCCACCUCCCCAUUUUAUUCAUUUAGCCUUCUCUUUGCUAUUGCCUUCAUCGAUAAAGUCUUGCAUGCUUAAUCAUGGCGGAUCCAGUGCCAUCGAGCGCUGGCUCUGGCCUUGGUCCUGGCUCUGGCCUGAGACUCGAGGAAGCCGCCGCCCGUCAGAUCAAGGAAGAGCUCGUCAAACUGCGAAUGGAUUUCUGGAAGAGCAACCAAAUCCCAAUCGAGAACACGGACCAGGCGGCGAAUAUUGCCGCCCUCGGCCUUGACAGCUCCUUAGUUGCGACGCCGGGGAAUGGUUGCUUAGUCCCUGUCAUCGGGGGUUGGCGCGUCUUCGUUUCUUUCGACGACGCCGCCGCCGCCGCCGGAGAGAGUGUUACUCGAGAGUUUGAUAGUCGCCUCUCGGAGAUGCGCUGCUGGGCAGAGAACCCUGCCAAUGGCGCAACGUUAAAGGAGGUCGAGGGUCUGCUAGAUGCCGAGAUUGAAGACAAGUGCUUCUGGGAAUUCCUUGACGGCGGAGACGCCUCUCGGCUGAGCUUCUACGACAAGAUCAAGCUCUGCGCCCAAUACAGACUCGAGGGCUCAACCAUCUACCCCUCGGUCAAGGACCCUCGUGCCAACCAGUUCAAGUUCGGGGUGUGCAGCAUCGCCGAGUACGGCACCACCUCUACGACCUGGAACUAUAUCGACUGGUCGUUCACGGCCUCAGAGAUGGAGGCAAUGCUCAAAGCCAUGCCUCGCCCGCGAUUCCGGCCUCAGCAGUUCAUCCCAUACCAGAUUCAGCAGCUAAAAUCUAUUGACCGGCCACACUACGCCGCUAAAUCGGCUUGGAAUAUGAUCUCUCGGCUGGCAGCUCAGGACCUGAACGCCGAACCCCUGAAUAGAUUGUCUUACUUCUUUUCCCGGAACGAGUCGGACCCGCGGCCUGCUGUUUACGGGAAGAUGGACCAAAUCCAAACUCUUGAUGAUUUCGAAAUGAUCAAGCAAGACGCCAGACGCUCGGGUGCACAGCCGGUCUUAAUUCUCGUAAGUGUCGUCUUUCCCAACCCCUAAUCGGGGUUUUGCUUGAUCGACCUGCAGCGACUGACUCCCAGGUCCAUAAUCACAGACAUGGCAGCGGACCUAUUUCAGCGUCUGGUGGUCUAUCUUGCGACUGAAGGAGGCUGCUCUCGAGGAAUCCCACCCUCCUACAGCGAAAGACUACUUUGACAAGAGCAACGUUGCCGAGUGGCCGGAUUUGGCCGAGGACGAUUCCGACAUGAAACUCCUAUGAACCCAAAGACUUUCCACUCGAGUGGCCUCUCCCACCAGGAACACUUUCUAUGGUUACCCCAGGUUUCCCAGGCUGUCAACCGUUUCGUUGCUGGAUACAGCUUGAGGUAUAGAUAGAUCUUGUAUGUAUGGGCGUAAACACGGAGCUUUAGGUAGUCAAGGUACCACUAGGCGAAAUAGUGCUGCCCAGCAGUGGAUUCUUAAGACACAUUGUCAAUGAUG